AACAGCUACCUCCUCGCUCUGCUCCCAGCACUCUGUCUGGAGAUGCUCUGUCUGAAUGCAGCAGCAACCCAGGACUUAAGCAGAGCCAGGGAAGAAUAAUUGCUCCCUCAAGAUGCCUUGUCCCUUUCUUCUUCCUCCUUCUCUUCCUCCCAGGGAAGCGGGGGAUGGGCAGCACCAUGCACAGGUACUUCAGCCCUUCUGGUUCUGUUAACCAUGAGACCUCAUACAUAGUGUCACAGAAAAGAAAUGUCCUUUCUUUCAACUGUCUUCCUCUUUCCAAACUAAAUCACGAGCCCAGGCAAUUUUUGUUUCAGCCACAUGCAAAAUCACAUGAUCUGCUUAGACCGUCCCACUGUGUUGAUAAAUCCUCUACUUUUCAUACAUCCGAGGGCUUCAGAGCCUGUUCCCCCGGACAAUAAUAGGAGGAGACACCAAUGGUUGCAACUUGUUCUCCCAAAGGCUGAGGUGAAGCUUCAGCCUGCAUGGAUCAAUGUGCUCCAGGAGGAUUCUGUGACACUGACGUGCCAGGGCGACCAUGACCCUGGGAACACCACCACCCAGUGGUUCCAUAAUGGGAACUUCACCUGGACCGAGAACCAGCCCAGCUUCAGCUUUAAGGCCAGGAGAGCUAGCAGCGGAUACUACAGGUGCCAGACUGCCUACUCCAGUCUCAGCGACCCUGUGCAUCUGGAUGUGAUUUCUGACUGGCUGCUGCUCCAGACCCCUAGCCUGGUGUUCCAGGAAGGGGAGCCCAUUGUGCUGAGGUGCCAUAGCUGGAGAAACAAGCCUCUGCAUAAGGUCGUAUUUUUCCAGAAUGGAAAAUCUAAGAAAUUUUCCUACGUGGAGUCCAGCCUCUCCAUCCCACAUGCAAACCACAGUCAUAGUGGUGAGUACCACUGCACAGGAUCAAUUGGGAAGACGUCACACUCAUCACAGCCUGUGAACAUCACUGUCCAAGGUCCGGCAAUUCUAUUCAUCUUUCCACCUUGGUAUCAAAUAACUUUCUACCUGGCGAUGGGGCUCCUUUUUGCAGUGGAUACAGGGCUGUAUUUUUCUGUCCAGAGAGACCUUCAAUGCUCAAAGGGAGAGUGGAAGAACAGCAAAGUCAGAUGGAGCCAAGGCCCUCAGGACAAAUGAUCGCUCAUUCCAUGGUGUAACAGCUGUGGUAGCAGCAUCUCUUCAGUCCGUAACUCUUCCCCCAGCCCCGACUUAACAGCAACUUGGGCCAAGGACCCUCCAAGGAAGGAAAGGGCCUGUGAUCUUCAGAGCUAAAUCCUAACAGGUCUUACCUUUACUGAUUUCCUGAAGGCCAAGGUACAGUCACAACCCACCCAGCUCUUCAAAGACUCACAGCAAAUGUGUUUUCAUAGAUGUUUGACAGAGGCUCCUCAAAUAUAUGAAACCUCAGUAAACCCUGCUCUACUUCCAAAAUAAAUCCAACAAUCUGACAACUUCUCAGUACUCUACUACUGGCACCUUGGUCCAAGCUACCAUCAUCUCUCACUUCCACAGCCUCCUGACUGGUCUCCCUACAUUCACUCAUGCCACCUGACAGUCUAGUCUCAACAAAACAGCUAAAGUGAUCUUUUAAAAAUGUGCGUUGCACCUGUCACUUCUUUGCUCAAAGCUAUACAAUAGCUUCCCUCUUGUACAUAGAGUAAGAGCUAAAGCCUUUGCUACAAGGCACUACAUGAUCUUCUUCCUCACUGCCUCUCUGACCUCAUCUACUGCUCUUCUUUGCUUCCUUGAAUACUUCAAUUAUUCUUCUGCUCCAGGUUUAUAUUAUUUACUGUUUCUGAAAUGUUUUUUUUUUUUUUUUUUUUUUUUUGUCUUUUUGUCUUUUGUUGUUGAUGUUGCUGCUACCUCUUGGGCCGCUCCCGCGGCAUAUGGAGGUUCCCAGGCUAGGUGUUGAAUCGGAGCUGUAGCCACCGGCCUACGCCAGAGCCACAGCAACGCUGGAUCCGAGCCGCGUCUGCAACCUACACAACAGCUCACGGCAACGCCGGAUCGUUAACCCACUGAGCAAGGGCAGGGACCGAACCCGCAACCUCAUGGUUCCUAGUCGGAUUCGUUAACCACUGCGCCACGACGGGAACUCCUGAAAUGUUCUUUCUUACAGAUAUCCACACUGUGCUUCAACAUGGUCUUUACUCAAAUAUCACCUUAUCAGUGAGGUCUCCUUGACCAUUCAAUACAAUACCACUCCUCCACUAUCUCCUAAUCUCCCUCUCUUGCUUGAUUUUUUCCCCCAUUGUACUCAUCACCAGCUGAAGUACCAUAUGCCCAAUUGUUUAAUUGUUUAUUGAUGUAUUUUUACCCAUUGUACUUAUUACCAACUGACUAUCCCCUCUCCCAUUAGAAUAUGAGCUCCAGGAUCCAGUGCUUUUUUUCCGUUUUGUUCACUAUCAUACAGUUAGAGUCAAGGUCAGCAUCUGGUACAUGACAAAGCAUACAAUACCUAUUUGUGGUGUGAGUAAAUUCCUUAUAAUUUGAAAUCAAAGACUUUUUAAAAAGGCACAUCUACUCCAUCUUCCCAGAAGCAGAAAUCCAAUUCAAUAUUACUGAACACCCUGUUAGAUACCAUCCAAGAUAUACCACUGGUACAUGCAUUUCAGCUUUGAAUGUAUUUGCCUAAACUCUUUAAUAUAAUUUACUUUCACCCAUCACAUCUUUUAAAGUAGUAUAUCAGUUGGACUUGCUUCCCUUUAAUUUAAUUAACUUUCUAAGCCUAUAGAGUAGCAUUGUGAAAAGUAUACUGAAAAUAGAGCCAAAAACCUGAAUUUGUGUUUCAUUUCUACCAUAUGCUAGCUGAUUGGUCUUGAAGAAUUUAACUACUCUGUGAAUUAUAUUCUUCUUCUGUGAAAUGGUAAUAUCUUUCUCUCUCCCCAGGGAUAUCUUGUUGAGGUUAAAGUUUAACAACAUACAUGGAAACAUAAUGUCAUUGGAACAUAAUAGGUAUUUAAUAAAUGUUUAUGGAAACUGUA